AUGGACAAAAGUAUGCCAAAGUACCAAGCUCAUAUGUUCGGUGUUGUGACAGUUGUCAACUGCAAGUUUGACGUGCGAUCACUGCUCACACCUCUACUCAAUCUCAACACCGAUUUGCAGAUAAAUUUGACCACAGUUCACACCAAAGACACCAUGAAUUCAAGCGCAUCCCAGUUAACAGAGUUGUGUUCACUCUUAUACCCGAAGAACUGUUGCCACGAAAUACUGGACGAGUUUCUGGUGACGAAGCCGUGUCUGUCGGCAGUGGUGUCCAAGACGUUGGGUUACGGCAUAAUCGCCGGAUCAACGCUCGUGAAGAUGCCUCAGUUGGUGAAGAUAUGGUCGGCCGGCAGUGGCAUUGGCAUCAGCUUUACGGGAGUGGUGUUGGAGUUGAUUGCGAUGACCUUCUCGGCCGCCUAUGCCUUCGCCAAUCACUUCCCAUUCAGCGCAUGGGGUGAAUGUCUGUUCCUAAUGGCGGUCACGGCUCUCAUCGCAUACCUGGUCCUCAAAUACCAGCGCAACCAACUGUCGGCCCUUACAUUCCUCGUCGUCUACACCGCUCUCACCUUCGUAUUGAUGAGUGGUUUGACUCCGAUGUCUAUCUUAUGGUCACUUCAGGCCCUCAACCUUCCGGUGGCCAUCUCUGGCAAGAUGUUUCAGGCGUUCAUUAAUCUGCGAAACGGAAACACCGGACAGUUGUCUGCCAUCACAGCUGUGCUCCUAUUCUUGGGUUCGUUCGCCCGGAUCUUCACCUCAAUCCAGGAAACAGGUGACCAACUGGUCGUCUGGACCUUCGCGGUCGCCUCCGUCGCCAACUUCUUACUCGUUUCCCAAAUUGGCUAUUAUUGGAAUCAAACCAAUCUAUACCUCAAGAGUUUGGAGAAAAAGAAACUCUGA